AUUGAUGAGUUAGAUAAAGCUAAUAUGACUAGUAUGGGUAAGAAUACACAGAAAGGGGUGCAGGCUGGUAUGUUUUGCUCUGAUUCUAAGCAUGAAACCUUUAUCCUGGAGUGUGUUAACACUGGUGAAAAGAAAUAACUGGUAACUGAUAAGAGAACUGACCUUGAGGAUUUUUGUCCUUCUGUCCUGGUGGAUUCCACUCCAUCUAAGUCUGUGGUGAAGUUUGUUGAGGGAAACACUAGUUCUGGGAGGGAGAUUGAGAAUAUGGAAUAUUGUGAGAGUAUCCUUAAAUUUGUUGACUUUUCUGAGUCCGAGGAAGAGGACCCCAAUGAUGAUGACCUUGAAACUCUUCCCGCUGAAGCUGUACAGGCUAUUCAGACCAUUUCUCUAAAAAGAUCUCUCAUGGAAUCUCUUGAUCAAGCUCAUGGCUCAUCAGAGGUUGAGAAAACCAAGUGGGGGCCUAUAUUGGUUCAGAAGCCUAAUACGAGGGGGCAUGGCAACUUAAACAUCAUGGAGAAGGCCGCUGCUUAUAAGAGGAAGCAGAAUCUGGAAAUUCCAAAAAGCUUUAAAGGGGGGAAGAUGGCGAGAUAUACGAUGUGUGCUGGGACAGGUGGCGGCAACAAUCAAGCAGUGGAAAAUCUUAUCUUCAGAGGCCCAGGGUGCUCUACUUCUCCGGUGCUUAAGGCUUUUGGAGCGUCGAAGAGGGGAACUGCUUAGAAUUGCUUGGGUUUAGUGUAUGUCUUGAGUGACUUAUCGUCUGCGUUGUGGUCUGCAUGAGUAUGACUCUCUUAUGGGAUGUAAUAGGGUAGUAGCCUAAAAACCCUGAUGUAUGUUUGUUCUGUGGCAGCUACUUUUGGUUGUCGCCGAGAGCUGUUCAACAGUCUGGU